UAAGACAUCUGACAAUGGCUAAGACUGGCUGGCUCGAUAACUCAAUUCUUUCAUGUGAUUAUAAUGAUUUCACUGCAUUUUUUAGUGGUGUAGGACCAGAUUUGAAUGCUUUAUUUUGUUAACGCAGAACAAUAAAUUCAGUUUGUCAUUUAGUCAUUGACUGAAUGACAUAACGAAAACUCGGUGUUUGGUUUCAUGUUAAGAUGACUAAUGACAUUGUAAUGGGUCAGACAUUGUCAGAACCAAUCACAAGCAAGGACACUAAACUCUUGUCAAGUAAAGAAUAUUUAGUUGGUGCAUCUUCCAUGCAAGGAUGGAGAGUCAAUAUGGAGGAUGCAUUAACCGCCAUUCUAGCACUUGAGGAAGACAAAGAUGUUUCAUUUUUUGCUGUCUAUGAUGGACAUGGAGGUGCCCAGGUUGCAAAUUACUGUGGAAAAUAUGUUCAUUCAAAACUAGCAAAUGAUCCUGCCUUUUCUGAGGGUAGAAUUGAGGAUGCAAUCAAAAGGUCUUUCCUAUCUAUUGAUGAGGAUAUGCAGAAUGAUAGUGAUUUAAAAGAUGAUAUGGCAGGAUCAACUGCUAUUGUUGUAGUUAUUAAAGAUGGUAAAAUAUUUUGUGGUAAUGUUGGUGAUUCUAGAUCUGUAGCAUCUGUAAGAGGAAAUGUUCAAGAAUUAUCGUAUGACCAUAAACCUUCUAAUGAUGAAGAAACUAGGAGAAUAGUUGCUGCUGGAGGAUGGGUGGAGUUCAAUAGAGUAAAUGGAAAUCUAGCAUUAUCUCGUGCCCUUGGGGACUUCUGUUUCAAGAAGAAUGUUCAAAAAUCAGCCGAGGAACAAAUUGUGACAGCUUGGCCAGAUGUCAUAAUACGAGAUUUAACUUCUGAUCACGAGUUCAUUGUUCUCGCAUGCGAUGGUAUUUGGGAUGUUUUGUCCAAUGAAGAAGUUGUUGAUUUUGUACGUUGCAGAAUAGCUCAGGGAAUGAAGCCAGAUAUGAUUUGCGAAGAACUGUUAACGCGAUGUCUUGCCCCAGAUUGCGACAUGGGUGGCCUAGGAUGUGAUAAUAUGACUGUCAUAUUGGUGUGUUUAUUGGGAGACCGCAGUUAUAAUGAUCUGGUAGUAAAAUGUCAGCGUUCUUCGUCUGCUGAUGACUGUCAAGAGGGAAGCUUACGAUAGUCAUCUUAAUAAUAUAUUGUAUAGUACUGCUCUCCUUCAAUCUUUCCAAAAAUCUUUUCAAGAAACCGUUUCUUAACAACGAGCCUUUCAAACCGCUUAUAAGAUUUGUCUUUUAGUUUUACUGAAAGAAUUUGAAAGAGAGAUAUUUAAGAAUGGCACUAAAGGAUAUCUAUAGCUAUAUCAAUAAAAUACGUUCUUUAUAUCUUUUCUCACGGGCUCACCACCCUGAGUUAUCAGCAUAAGCAGAUGAAAGUAUCGUUUCUAUUUUUCAUCGUACUUGUAUUUAUUUCAGGUCCAACUUUUGUGAAGUUCAUAUACCACUUGUUUAGCAUGUUGAAAUACUUCAAAUCUUCUAAGCGACAUGUUGAAAAUAUGCAUCUUAACUAUGCAUAUAACACUACUAUAUAUAUAUAUAUAUAGAUAUAUAUAUAUAUAUAUAUAUAUAUAUAUAUAUAUAUAUAUAUAUAUAUAUAUAUAUAUAUAUAUAUAUAUAUAUAUAUAUAGCAAUGGGAAUGAAUUUUCUGGAAAGGUUUAAUGAACAAGACAGACAAAUUGCAUUUUACGGAGGGAAGGUUACUAUAUCAUACUCCAAUCCAUACCCAUUUUAUACGAAAGGAAAUUCUUUUUUCAUGUGUAUUUAUUACGGUAUUUGUUUUCAACAUUUAUUGUAAGGAAGAAUGAAGAUUAUUUCUCAUCAAUUGUCGUAUUUAAACUUUAUUAUUACAUGUUUGGUGCAAAAGAAUUCAAAUGAACAUGUAAAUAACACCUUUAUAUAAUAUAGUUGUGUGUAAUCUCGUU